UCUGAACUUGCCCCAGAUGUAAUUGCUUCAGCACACGUAAUGUGCUCACUCCAACCACCCUUAUCUCCUCCAGAAAUGGCAGCAGCGCCGUGAUUUAAUCCACUGGAGCUACAAAUCAUGGAACUGUGGAAUAUUACUGACCUGCAGGCCGAGCCAAACUCGGCUUUGUCCAACUGCACAGUGGACACCAGCUACCGCUUCACCUUUUACCAAGUGUCCUAUAGUGUCAUCUUUCUGCUGGGACUGGCCACCAACGGCAUGGCUCUGCGCAGGCUUUGUUCCACGCUCCGCACCAUGAACUCCACAGCCAUCUACUUAGCCAGUCUGUCCACCGCCGACCUGUUUUUCGUCAUCUCUCUGCCGAUGAGAAUCUAUUACUACCACCAAAAGUCUCGGGCCGUCUCUCACAAGACCGGAGAUCUCUCCAGCUGGAACCCCGGAGCCGGUUACUGCCAGGUCACGUUCAUCCUGAAGUACAUCAGCUUAUAUGGGGGCAUCUUCUUCCUCGUGUGCAUCGCGGUGGACCGGUACUGGGCCGUGGUGCAUCCUCUGGCAUCUCCACACCGCAGGAUGCGCAUUGCACAGGUGGUAAGUGGGGGGAUCUGGUGCCUGGUGCUGGGACUCAGUGUGUGUCUGCCUUUGCUGUACUUGGCAGCGUCCCACCAACACCAGCCGUGUCUGUUUGACCCCUCCUCAUAUCGCCACCGAACUAUCAUCCUGGUAGCCCUCGGCUUAGUGAUGGGGUCGUUUCUACUGCCGACGCUGACGCUCUGCUACAGUUACUGCAGAGUGAUGACUGUGCUCCGUAACUCAAGACGCCGCAGCCACCGCCGCAACCAUCGGUACACCCUCAGAGUUAUCUACCUGGUGCUGGGGGUCCACCUGCUGUGCUUCCUGCCCUAUCACGUCAAUCUGCUGGGAUACACGCUCACGCAGGUGAAGCUGGUGCCCCACUGCGGCCUGGCCAAGGUGACCAUGGCUGCGCAUCCCGUGGUGCUUUCUCUAGCCAGUUUCAACUGCUGCCUUAAUCCACUCGUCUACUAUUUCUCCAGCAGCCUGCUUCACAGAGAAGCUCCCAGGGGUCGAGUUAGAGGCAGCAAAUGACCCACGAUUACUGAGAAAUGCUCCAAUCACUGGAACGGCUUUGCUGUAUUAGUGUAUGUUAAGAACUCUAUUACCAAUGCAGUUUGCUUUUACAGUAGGAAACUUGUCAAACUCCAUAGAGCCCCGUUCAGACAUGUGAGACGUGCCAUUAAUCUGGUGGGAAUUGAAUGAGUUUGAAUGACCCAGCCCCCAAUGCUUUUCCACAUUAUUUCUCAAUGGAAAUCUUGUUAAAUCAGACAUAAUGACAUUUGCUUUUCUUUAGUCAAUAACACCUACGGUUGUACAGUAAGGUCAUUGGUGGUUAAUGUAAUUGGCAUAU